GUCAUCAAUGGUUAGUUCUGUUCAUAUAUUUUGAAAUAUAUAUCAUACAUUUUAUAACCUAACUGCAUAAAUAAAAGGAGUGAUAAGCAUUCGAUUUAUAUCUUAUUUAUUUUUAAAUCGAAUAACUAUUUAGAUUGUUAUUAGUAGAAUUAGAAUAAAGUUUAUUAUAUAUUUCUUAUAUAUAUAUUUCCUUCCACGGAAUAUAGAAAUAUCGUAAAUAAUUUUAUUUAUUUUACUAUAUAAUAUUUGAUUUUUGAAAUAAAAUUUCUUUUUAAAUAAAUCAUGUCAGCGAAUGUGUCACAUACAGAAAAAGAAUUAGAUUUAAGUAACGCAGGCAGAGGUGUAUGGCUCGUGAAAGUACCUAAAUAUAUAGCAAAUAAAUGGGAAAAAGCACCUGGCAAUAUAGAAGUUGGUAAAUUAAAGAUAACUAAAAAUCCUGGUCAAAAAGCAGAAGUAUCUCUUAGAUUAUCUGAAGCUGUUUUAGCUUUAAAAGAACCUGGAGAGGAAGAAAUUCCAAAACAACAUAGAUUAGAUGUUACAACAGUAACAAAACAAAUGUUAGGUGUAUUUUCUCAUGUUACCCCUUCAAGUAGUUCAGAUUCUAUAGUUCCUGAAACUGAAAAACUUUAUAUGGAAGGAAGAAUUGUACAAAAAUUAGAAUGUCGUCCAUAUGCUGAUAAUUGUUAUAUGAAAUUAAAAUUACAAAGCAUUAAAAGGGCUUCUGUGCCACAAAGACAAGUUCAACAAUUAGAUAGAGUAGUCCAAAAUUUCAAACCAGUUUCUGAUCAUAAGCAUAAUAUUGAAUAUGCAGAAAAGAAAAAGGCAGAAGGUAAAAAGAUGAGAGAUGAUAAAGAUGCCGUAUUGGAUAUGUUAUUUGCUGCAUUUGAAAAACAUCAAUAUUAUAACAUAAGAGAUCUUGUGAAAAUUACAAGACAACCUAUUGUAUAUCUAAAGGAAAUAUUAAAUGAAGUUUGUAAUUAUAAUCUGAAAAAUCCUCACAGAAACAUGUGGGAGUUAAAACCAGAAUAUCGACAUUAUAAAGAAGAAGAAAAACUUGAAGAUACACAAAAAAAAGUUGAUGAGUCAGAUGAUGAUUAAAAGAUAUACAUUUAUAGAUU